GUUGCUGUAAAUUAUACAAAUUAUGGUUCUUUACGGAAUAUUGUUGAAGACUUGAGCAACUUCAAUAACAUCAUCUCAUGAGAAAUAUAGGGGAUAAAGGCGUCAAGAAUAUGAUUGACAUGCGGAAAAUUAUGUUUUCGGGAACAUAAUGACAGUAAGACGGAUAAUUCACAAAACGCAAAUCUGACAAGGAAAGGAUGGAUUAUUUGCUAUAUAAGUAGCACCAUUUUUGCAAAACAUUGAUCCACUCGACCAUAUCAAUCCCCACUUCUUCUUUCCACAGUUUCCAUAAUGCGUAUCAACACAUUCGUUCCUGCCUUUGUGGCAGUCAUUGCCGCGUCAACCUUUGUCAAAGCUGAUGGUAUCGAGUUGUUGAACGAUCAAGCGGUUGAACCAUUUAGCAUUGAUGCAAUUCCUGAAUUUCCUGGCUUUGCUUCAACUCCCGCAACACCCUCAUCGCCUCAGGCCGUUGUUCGUAUGGAGAAGCGUCGAUUGUCGCGUCGCGCGUCAGAUGGUGAUGACAAUGAGCAUCCUCACCCACAUCCUCACCCGCACCCGCACCCACAUCCCCAUCCACAUCCUCAUCCCCAUCCAAUGCCUUCAAGCAACGGUGGUAACGGUGGUAACGGAGGAGAUGGAUCAAGCGAUUCAGACGGAGGCCAACAACAACCAUCUUGCAUGUACGAUCAGAACAGUGGAAUGUUAACUGGAGCAUCACAAGAUGGUUGCCCUUCCCAAAUUCAACCAGGCAACACAGGCUGUUCGGUAGGUAGCUCAAAUGACCCUAUCAGCGCAAACGUUCUACAAUGUUCUGCUGUUCAUAUCUUAAGCGGCUAUAAUAAUAAUGCACAGCCACAGAACUGCAACGUCCAAGCAUCGAAUGGAGGUGUUAUUGGCGUUCAAGCUUUGCAAUGCUCAGAAGUGGACGUUUUGAGCAUUGUCAAUAUGAAACAAAGCUAA